AUGAUUGUUGAUGCUUGCUUGAGUGUUCCGAGGAAAAUUGUGGGGCCCUUCAUACAUUUGCAUGAUGGCUCAGUCCUUGAUAAGCUUUCUGGGCUUAGGGACUAUAAGGUUGUUAUGAUUUUGUUUCCCAUGCACGACACAUUCUACAAGAACAAAGUAUCUCAAACUGAUCUUUUUGAUAAAAAGUGCACAAUUUCAUCCGUGGCCAUUCUUCCUUCCCUACUAAAAUCCCGCUCUGAAGAUGAUAUGCUCAAAUUCAAGUUGGAUGACAUACGACUCAAGUGGGAAGAGGGUGUGAAGAUAGGAUUCGUGGUCGAUCUAAUUCGACUAAGCAAUGUAGCCAAUGAGAGGGUUUUGAUAUUCUGCCAAUAUAUCCCUCCAUUGCGGCUUCUCAUGCAUCACCUUGUGUCUUAUUUUGGCUGGAUGGAGGGAUACAGAGUUCUGGAAAGAGUUUUAGAGAGAGAAAGAGCAAGAGGCAUUAAUGAGGUGUUGCUGGAAAGGAACUUAGAGAGAGAGAGAGAGGAAGGGGCGGAUGGUUUUGUAGAGUGUUUUAAAGAGAUAAAGAGAGAGAAAGAGGUAGAAAUGGGGUGGUGUCCUGAAACUGCAACAAGAGCGUAUCUUGAUACAGUUAAACUGUCCCGACCGAGGGACGAGCUGGGCGUGGCCGAGCUCCUCUCUGCCCUAGCAGGCGGUAUCAAAGCCCAAUUGAUCAUCCAAGUCCGGCACCCUGGCUCAGGCGUGGCCUCAAGCCUCGGCCUCUCCACCGCCGCUCGCCACACAUGCGGACGCCACAUCAUUGUCGUCCCCGACGACACCGCGCGUGCUGAAUACCUGGAGGCCGUGGCUUUAGCUGGUGCCGAAAACGAGGCCGAGAUUUUGGUGGGGGAUUUCGCUCAAAUUUCGAGCGAAAUUGCGGACGUGGAUUUCGCGGUGGUGGACUGUAGGGGGCGCGACCACUCGCGGGUGCUGAGGCUGCUGAAGCUCAGUCAGCGCGGCGCGGUGGUCGUUUGCAAGAACGCGGGUCUGAGGGCUCCGAUGGCCGCCACGUGGCAGAAACCUGUCGUGAGAUCGGCGCUCUUGCCUAUUGGGAAGGGCCUCGAGAUCACGCAGCUCGGUGAGGUAGCCGUUGGAUCAAGUGGGGCGAAGAAGAGCCGUUGGAUCGUCCAAGUGGACCGCCAUACAGGAGAGGAGCAUGUUUUUAGACGGUGACGACAUUCUUUUUUCCCUGGAUCGGACGGUGAUGUUCUCAAGCUCGUGUAGACAUCUGGACCGUCGGAUGUUAUUCAUGAAUAUUGACCGUUCAAUUACAAAGGAUCGAUCGGAACUGUUGGAAUAGCAAGGGGAAGGAAAAAUGGAUGGUCUUGGGAUUUACUGCCGAUUUCUAAUUUAGAAUUUUAAGCAGGAUUGUAUAUCAUGAGAUCAUUUACUUUUGAUACAAGGUCACAAUAACAUCCAACCAUCUAAUCUUAAAUUCGGCAGCUUGAGUGUUA